AUGCCGCGAUCCCUCCCCCUCACAGGCGCCCUCUCGCCCAUCCUCCGCCGCCCGAUCCCCUCCCUUACCCGCUCUCUGCGAUCCCCCAUCUCCCGAUCUCAGCGCAGGCCGGCCAGGAUCUCGAUCUUCUGCGGAAUGCCGGAGGCGAAUUCGGAUUCUCCGGCGUCGGCUGGCGCCCGGGGCGGCGGCCCUGGCAUCGUGGAGAGCAACGCGUGGGUGGCGGAGCGCUACGAGGAGCACGGCCACUUCAACGUGGAGCUGUCCUCUCCGGUGCUCGAGAUCCUCAAGCCGGCGCCAGGCGAGUCUAUUCUCGACCUUGGAUGCGGCGAUGGCGCCCUAACGCUCAAAUUGGUGGACGUCGGCUGCUCUGUCGUUGGCAUCGAUGCCAGCGAGUCGAUGGUUGAGAGAGCCAGGAGCCGAGGCAUCCAGGCCUAUCGCAUGGACGGCCAUGCCCUUCCUUUCUCCAGCUCCUUCGAUGCUGUCUUUUCGAACGCGGCGCUACAUUGGAUGAAGGACGACCCCGAGGCCGUGGUGGCGGGCGUCAGGCGCGCCCUCAGGCCGGGAGGGAGGUUCGUUGGCGAGUUUGGCGGCUUUGGGAACUGCGCGUCCCUUGUCACGGCGGCGGCGGCGGUCCUGAGGCAGCGCGGGGUGGACGUGAGGGUGUGCCACCCAUGGUACUUUCCAUCCGUGGAGGAGUACCGAAACGUGCUGGAACAGCAGAACUUCAUGGUAGACUUCAUUGAGCUCGUUCCCCGCCCGACGGUGCUGCCAACCGACGUUCGGGGAUGGAUCGGCACUUUUGCUCACAGUUUCCUACAGGCACUUCCUGAAAAGGACAGAGAGGAGGCCGUGUCCGACAUGGUGACUCUUCUGACCCCAAGCUUACUUCGCCACGACGGCAAAUGGGUUAUGGAUUAUGUGAGGUUGAGGUUCAGAGCCCACAUUGAAGAGGUUCUUGGGGUAACCAUUCUUUGA